AGUCCUCGUCCCUUUUUGUUUGUUGCCCUCUCUCCAACAUAUAUAUAGCUUUAUAUCAUCAACAAGUUAGUAAAUUCAUUCAUUGAAGCAGCAUGGGGCAUAAGAAGAAUGGUUUUGAUGAUUCAGAAGACGUGGAGGAGAAAGGAGAGAAGGGGUCACAUGGGAAGAUGAAGUAUGUGGGAGUUUUGAACGCAGAAGUGCUGAAAAGUCUGAUCAUCGGAGGGGUUAAGUCUGAGAAACUGAGAGGUUUGUUAUUACAGGGAGGAUUAUUGAAGGGUGGUGCAAAUCUGAAGCUCUUCAUGGUGGCAAAGUCAAGAUUAUCUUCAACCUCAAGAUUCAAGUUAUGGGUUCUUCUCUUCACUUAUGUCUUCAUGAUUUGGAUUUUUGCAGUCCAGUUUACGAAUUGUUUCUUCUCCCAUCUCCCGCCCCCAAGGAUUUAUGAGAAUAAUGGAUACCUAAUGGUUUCUUCCAAUGGAGGAUUGAAUCAAAUGCGAGCUGGAAUAUGUGACAUGGUUACCAUUGCAAGGUUUUUGAAUGUCACACUUAUAGUUCCUGAAUUGGACAAUACCUCCUUUUGGAAUGACCAUAGCCAAUUCCCGGACAUAUUUGAUGCCAAUUAUUUAAUCGCAUCGCUGAGAGAUGAGGUUAAAAUAUUGAAGGAACUGCCUCCCAAACAGAAGCAAAAGGUGGAAUUGGAAUCCCUCUAUUCCAUGCCACCCAUUAGUUGGUCCAACAUGACCUAUUACUAUGAUGUCAUUCUUCCUCGUAUAAAAACAUACGAAGUUGUGCACUUCACGAAAUCAGACGCAAGGCUGGCCAACAAUGGCCUUCCUGAGGAAGUCCAGAAACUGAGAUGCAGAGUUAACUACCAGUCUCUGAAAUUCUCUCCACCAAUCCAAAAAAUAGCAAAGAAGAUCGUCAGCAUCCUCAAGCAGAGAGGACCUUACUUGGCUCUUCAUCUUCGUUACGAAAUGGACAUGAUCGCUUUCUCUGGUUGCAACGAAGGUUGCGCCCCAGAAGAGAUCGACGAACUCACUAAAAUGAGAUAUGCGUAUCCAUGGUGGAAGGAGAAGGAGAUAGACUCUGAGAAGAAAAGAACUGAUGGUCUGUGCCCAUUAACACCAGAAGAAACUGCUCUAACGCUACGUGCAUUGGGGAUUGAUAGUGACAUUCAAGUCUAUAUUGCUGCUGGAGAUAUAUACAAAGCUGAGAAAAGAAUGGUGGAUCUCAAGCAAGCUUUUCCAAAUCUGGUGAAGAAGGAGACGUUAUUGGAUUCAUGGGAGCUUGAACCCUUCAGGAACCAUUCCAACCAAAUGGCAGCCAUAGAUUAUUACGUGUCAAUAGAAAGUGACAUAUUCGUACCAACUUACAAAGGUCACAUGGCAAAACUUGUUGAAGGCCAUAGAAGGUACUUAGGGUUUAAGAAGACGAUAGUGUUGGACAGGAAGGUGUUGGUGGAACUGAUAGACCAGUACAAAAAUGGAACCAUAGGUUGGAAUGAAUUCUCCACUGAAGUGAAGGCAGUUCAUGCAGAUCGCGUAGGAAACCCUACAAUGAGAUCUACGGUUCCUGGAAAACCCAAGGAGGAAGACUACUUCUACACUAAUCCUCAGGAAUGUUUGGAUCAUCAAUGAUUCUUUAAUUAAUUUCAUAUGCUUUAACAUGGGGAAUUCUUCUCACAAUGGAGGAAGAUGAUUCUCUGAAUAUUGAUUAUACUCGUUUCCCAUUCAUAUCUGUUUUUCAUUUUCAUUGUGUGAAUUAUAAACGCAUCUGAUCAUUCUUUUGAGUUGUAUUCCAUUAUAAUUCUGGCCUUUCUUUUGCCCUCGCUGAGGAUGGGCCGAAUGGGCUCGCCGUCAAUGGGCCGGGUCCACUUGGAUAUGCAUUUAUGCUUAUGAAUUAAAGGGUUAUUGUCAUGAA